AUGUUGAUUUUAUACGUGCGUGGAUUACAAAAAUUCAUAUAUCAAGAUGUUCCAUUCUUACAACUGAUAUUACUAACAAUUACACAACAAGGGGGUAAUGCUAAAAAUGCAUUUCAGUGGCUAUCAAAUUUAAAUUUUGAUAAUUUAGGGUUUUCAGAACAAACCUUUCAUCAAGUUUAUGAAGAUUUAGAUGAUACUGCGGGGUAUUUUGUAUAUGCUGAACAACAUUUUAGUAAUCAGAAUAUGGGAAGCGGUAACGUACAAAAAAUAGUUGAAGAAGGAAUCGAAUAUCUUCAAGAGAAUGUUGAUUUCGAACAAUUUGGCAAUAAUAUAGUUAAUAUGCUUAACAAUCUUUAG